CCCGUUAGUUCAGGAGCAAAGAAAGAAAGAUACACUGCGUGGAAGCCACGCCAGGUGGCACGCAACCAUUAGAGCGCAGCCAAACACGCGCGCAGGAACUCAGAUAGCUGAUCACGAGGUAGAUAAUUCGGCGUUCGCCCCACCCCUCACUGAUCGACACUCUCAGUAUCAGCUCUCGCCUCCUCCUCACGAGCAUCGACCAGCCACUGCCCAUCCUCUGUCCUGGCUGAAUACACAUUGACGACUCCCGUCCGGUAUGCCAGGCCCUCUUGCUCUGGCAGCGGCGAAUCCUCAGUUUCACUACCAAGCCAGCUGAGGAAAGCUUCAGAAACCGCCAGCCAGUCGCGAGAUCCGUGGCGCUCUCCAAGGUGGACAUGGUAUCCCUUGUUGGCUGGCCCCGCCAUGACCAAUUCGUUUUGAUCCAGGUCGAUGAUAUACUGAUAGCGGGCUCUCGGAAGUGGAAGCCAGAUGGAUCUGGGGGCCCGGAAGGCGCUGCGGAAGAAUCGAUCUUCCAGGAGCCUGUCCAGUGGCCGGCCUGAGUCGCUCCCAUAGUCAUCGCGUCUUCGGAAGCCCCGAACCACCCAUCCAUCGGUCGUCUCGACCACAACAUUGCCCCGGAAGCGAGCGGCCAGUACGCAGAGAGGGGUGUUGUCUAGGUCAAUCAUGUCUGGCAGGAGCCGCCUAUAGCGCUCCAGGGAGGGGUCGAAGGUGUACUCGCACCGCAGCUCGUCGAGGAUCUGGCGACCGAGGCGGUCGGGCUCGCCAUUCUUCUCCUGGCGAACCAGGACCGAGCUGUUCUGAUAAACAAAGCCAAAGAUAGCCGGUGUAUCGGUGUCCUUCGGCCGCUUCUUCCCCCCGCUGCUGCGCUUUUUCUUGGUCGCUGGUGGGGCACCUUCGAUCGGCUCCACCGUCGACCCUUCAGAGCUGAGGAACUCAUCAGUGCUCUGGUUCUCAGAGGCACACAUCGCCUUGCCCAUUCUUCCCAGAACCUCCCAAGCUCCAGACGGCUCCUCUUUAUCUCCCGUGAGUGCCUUGAUAUCAUUCUGAGACAGACUCUUAAGGAACCCUGGGGGCUUCCUGUCUAAGACUUCCUCGUCCUCCUCCAAGUCUCCCAUUGCCUCGACGAUUUGAGUGAGGUUGCACUUCAGGAUGUCCCCAAAGGUGAUGUAACUCCACUGGCCGUAUUUGUAGUAGAUGAGUCUCUGUUUGUCCAGGUCGGCCCAAUACCCAUACUCGAUGAAGACGCCAUCUGGCGGGCCAGCAUCGUGGUAUCGCUCACGGUGGAGGAUGUCCUCGAGGGACACGUGGUCGAUGCUUUCGUCCGGAUCGUAGAUGGACUGCAGCUUCCCCAGCUGACACACAAGACACAAUGGACAGACAGACACAAAGCAGCUACAACACUGCGUGCAGCGUGUACCUGGUCCUUCCAUCUCUGCAUGCUCCUGUCCUCCUCGAGGGCCGCUCUGACCUCCUUUAGGACACUCUCACCCAGGCCUGGGAAGUUCGGGUAUGCAUCAUAUUGCUGAUCGACAUGCACACACAGACAAGACGGCACAUUCGUGUCGAAACCACCCAUGGCCUACCCGUUCCUUUGCUCACGUUGAAUAUGUUGUACGUUCUCGCCUGGAACCUGAAGCCAGCAAGGCCUCGAGUGCCCAUGGUUGUUGUGCAUGUCCGCCGGCAGUGAUUGGCGGCCACCCGGCGAAGCAAGAGGCCGCGAG